GGAGCGAGGAGCUGUCGCGCCCCUGAGACUCCGCUGCCGGCCCCGCCAUGGUCUCGGCUCCGCGCUGCCGGCCCGGCGCCCGGGGGCUCCUGACGCUGCUGCUGCCGCUGCCCCUGCCCGGGGCUCGCGGUCUGUGUGGGGCCCUGCCAAGGCUCAGUCGUGCCGUCCCCCGUGAUACUAGUCGCACAGAGGGCUUCCCUGUCGGCACAGAAGUGACAUACAGGUGCCGUGAUCGCUUUGUUAAAAUCCCUGGAAAGUCAGACACUGUCGUUUGCCUUUCAAACUCAGAAUGAUCAACCAUUGGAGAGUUCUGUAAUGAUGGCUGUGGUGCCAUACCAAGAUUGAAAUCUGCUGUCUUAAGUAAGGAAGAUGAGAGGAGGAAUUACAGUCCUCCUGGGACCACUGUGAGUUAUGUCUGUCAUCCAGGAUAUGAGAGGACCGAACUGAGACCUGUCAUUACUUGCCUUGAGAAUUUCACAUGGUCAGAAGCCCCUGAGUUCUGUAGAGGGAAAUCGUGUGGUGUUCCAAAAGGACCAGCACAUGGCAGAGCUGUUGAUAUAACAAAUGACCUGUAUGGUGCAAGAGUAAACAUCAUUUGUGAUGAAGGGUUCAGAUUAUGUGGGCGGACUUUCAUCCAAUGUUUGCUGAAGGGAGAUCAAGUUGAAUGGAGUCAACUUCCAACUUGUCAAGCAAUUACUUGUUCUCCUCCUCCUAAUAUUGCCAAUGGGAUGCACAAUGGUAGUCACCUGGAAAGCCUUGACUAUAACUCAUCGAUAACUUACAAAUGUGACCAUAAUUUCUCACUUACUGGAGAGGCCUCCAUUCACUGUACAACUAGAGAUAACAUCAAUGGAGUCUGGAAUGGGUCUGCCCCUGAAUGCAAAGGUCAGUGUGGGACCCUGCCAACGCUCAGUCGUGCCGUCCCCCGUGAUACUAAUCGCACAGAGGGCUUCCCUAUCCGCACAGAAGUGACAUACAGGUGCCUUGAUGGCUUUGUUAAAAUCCCUGGAAAGUCAGACACUGUAGUUUGCCUUUCAAACUCAGAGUGGUCAACCAUUGGAGAGUUUUGUAAUGGUGCCUGUGGUGCCCCACCAAGGUUAAAAUCUGCUGCCUUAAGUGCGGAAGAUGCGAAGAAGAAUUACUGUCCUCCUGGGACCACUGUGAGUUAUGUCUGUCGUCGAGGAUAUGAGAGCACCGAACUGAGACAUGUCAUUACUUGUCUUGAGAAUUCAACAUGGUCAGAAGCCCCUGAGUUCUGUAGAGGUCUGUGUGGGGCCCCGCCAACGUUCAGUCGUGCCGUCCACCAUGAUACUAGUCGCACAGAGGGCUUCCCUAUCGGCACAGAAGUGACAUACAGGUGCCGUGACGGCUUUGUUAAAAUCCCUGGACAGUCAGACACACUCGUUUGCCUUUCAAACUCUGAGUGGUCAACCAUUGGAGAGUUUUGUGGUUCUAGCUGUGGUACCACACCAAGGUUAAAAUCUGCUGUCUUAAGUAAGGAAGAUGAGAAGAAGAAUUACCAUGCUCAUGGGACCACUGUGAGUUAUGUCUGUCGUCCAGGAUAUGAGGAGACCGAACUGAGACCUGUCAUAACUUGUCUUGAGGAUUUCACAUGGUCAGAAGCCCCUGAGUUCUGUAGAGGGAAAUCGUGUGGUGUUCCAAUAGGACCAGCACAUGGCAGAGCUGUUAAUAUAGCAAAUUACCUGUAUGGUGCAAGAGUAAACAUCAUUUGUGAUGAAGGGUUCAGAUUACAUGGGCGGCCUUUCAUCCAAUGUAUGCUGAAGGGACAUCAAGUUGAAUGGAGUCAACUUCCAACUUGUGAAGCCAUAAUUACCCAGGACAAACCCACGACUGUCCCUCCCAAAGGAACAGAAGUAGCUGGUACUUCCUCAGAUUCCGCACUGAACACAAUUGGCAACUUUACUGAGCUGGAAGAUUCCGCACUGAACACAAUUGGCAACUUUACUGAGCUGGAAGUCAUAAUUACCCAGGACAAACCCACGACUGUCCCUCCCAAAGGAACAGAAGUAGCUGGUACUUCCUCAGACGUAAUUACCCAGGACAAACACACAACUGUCCCUCUCAAAGGAACAGAAGUAGCUGGUACUUCCUCAGGUUCUGCACUGAACACAGCUGGCAACUCUGCUGAGCCUGAAGGUGAAGUUUUGUUCUCUUUAGGGCCUGGCAUUCUUACACGCAUCACUAACUUCAUUGGCAUUGGGCCUUGCAUUGAUAAGUGCAUUGGCACUGGCAUCGGCAUCGUUAUUGGUGUUGCUUGUUUUGUAAUAGUUGCAUUUUGGAUUAUACAAUGCCAAAAGAAAAAAAGUUCUUACAGUGUAAAUCCGGAUUCCCCAAAGUGUCAAAUUACAACAUGAUUUCAAGAUGAGUGAAACAAAAUCUAAUUUGAUCUUCAAAGCUACACUGUAUCUACCAUGAUGCACCACAGACUCUCCCUGUGACUGAGCCACCACAGUGCAUCGUAAGACUCCCAUCAGGCAUGGACCAUGGCAAAAUAUGUAACUGGCAAAAAAGUUAACAACCUUCUUCCUAAACAGAGAUUAAUGUUAUUCUUGGCCACUGCAGCUAUCUAAAUAUCCAGAUCAAGAUCCCCAGGUUGUAAACAUGAGUAACAAAAGGUAGGCAAGUAAAAGAACUGCUGUAAAUCUCGCCACUUCUUCUGGCUGAUUCCCCCAGACUAGCUCUCCCAGGGGGCUUUUCCCCUCACGUACACACAGAUCCGUCACACUGCAGCUAGAGACAAGGAGCCGCUUCACUACCCAGCUCCCAUUCCUACCCUGAGGCCUCUCUUGCCUGGGCACUACGGGAAGCAGGAGAGUACGUGCUCCUGUCAUUCAAGACUGUAACAUCAGGUGUCUGCCCAGGCCUUCUGUUAUUAUUUAAAUAUUCUGACUAUAACAUCCCAGUAUGGUGUCAACUGUUUAAUCCCAUAUUCAUCUUAAUCUGUUGUAUUGUCUCAAACUUCAGUUUAUAUACAGAAGACCAAAUUCCUGCUCACAUCUGGAUUUAUACCCCCAAAUAAACACAAGUUUAUUAUGCU